GAGCGGUUCUCUAUACUUUGCACGAAUUGGGUUGCUCCGGAUCCCGGAAGAGACAUACCUCCCGAACACCCGAAUGGAUUAGGGGAUCCCACAUUCGCGGCCCCGACACGCUGCAAUUCGUUACUACAGUAUAUUUCGCUUCCGAAAAGAUUUCAAAGGCGAACUAACUUAUUUAAUCCGGACUGA